GCCGACACCUACCGUGUCAAAGAAAUUAAUAUCGUUCCAAAAUCACACUGACACCCUUGCAAGUUGGAAUAUCCGUCGGCUCCAAGUUGAAAUAUCCGUCAGCUCGGUGGAGCAGAGACGGCGAGGCCAUCGAUUGUAUCAUGCACGGCCAGAUAUGCGCAAUUAUAUAACUCCAAUCCUUCCCCUCUCAUUCCUCAUCAUCCAACAAACAGAUCGACAGAGCCAACGCAUUCAGAUCAAAUCGCGAUCAAUGGCGUCGCAGAGCAUCGAGAGCCACCGCGAUGGCGCCGAGGUGUACCACGGCGACGCCCUCUGCAAAAAGAAGUCCGUCCAACUGCUGCAGCAGCUCGGCCUCCCCGACGGCCUGUUCCCGCUGGACGACAUCCAGGAGUUCGGGCACAACAAGGCCACCGGCUUCAUAUGGCUGGUCCAGAAUAAGAAGAAGAACCACACCUUCAAGAUGAUCAAACGGCAGGUGUCGUACGCCGCCGAGGUGACGGCCAUCGUGGAGGACCGCAAGAUGAAGAAGAUGACCGGGGUGAAGACCAAGGAACUCCUGCUCUGGCUCUCCGUUGUCGAGAUGUACAUCGACGAUCCUUCCACCGGGAAAAUCACCUUCAAGACUGGCACCGGCCUCUCCGAUAGCUUCCCGGUGCCGGCCUUCGAGCUCGACGAGUGAGGUAUAUAUUCGCACACACACCGCGCA